UGCACGGGGGAGAUUUCGGCGAGCAUUGUAUACGCCGAGCGUACGGUAUACGUACCAACUCCACCGUUGGUGCCGUUUCUUCGGGCGUUCGUGCAAUGUGUCGUAAAACACUGCACAACUCGUGCACAAGCUGAGUCGUCCUGUCGGCGCGUCAGUCCUGCACACACAUUUCCUGGACAGAGUGUCUUGAUUGUCAGCUAUAUACGACAGCGUAACGGUGUGCAUACAUGAUACAUUAUACAUCGGGUGGAGUGCGCGCGUGAGUCCGGUGUCAGGUGAAAGAAAACAACAACAACAACAACAACACAAACUUAACGGAGGAGAGUGUAACAUCUCUUGCGUGGAGGAGGUCGUCAGGAUACGUCGGCGAGGGAGCGUGAUACAACUGCGGCCGAAGCAGCAAAGAUCGGAGCCACGAGCUGAGACUGUCGCUGCUGUGGCGAGGAUGGGCCAGGGCACCGAGUCCUCGGAGACCUGUGCCGACAGGCCCACCGAGGUCAGUGUCAUCCGGUUCGUCUCCAAGAACCACACCAUCGAGGAGAUUGCCCCGAAAAAGGAAAUUUACAUAUGCAAUCAGCGAGGAUGCGGCAAAAUAUUCACCAACCAGGAGGAAUACAAGAACCACGAGGUCAUGGAGAGCCUGAAAGUCAAAUUCGUUUGCAGCGAGCCGGGCUGUGGAAAGGAAUUGACGGAUCCGGGCCGUAUGUGGUGGCACUACCAAGAAUGGCACAACAACGACACGAGUGUCUUCGUUUGUCCGUACACGAAUUGCGGCUCUGUGCACGCGACCAACGAAAAUCUCCAGGAGCACAUCGAGUCCUCGCACCGGCAACUCCCGCGGAUACCGACAGAGCCGGAAAUCAUAUGUUUCGAGGGUACGGACACCGUCAUGGAGGACGACAUCUGCGACAGGCUCAAGGAAGAGGAGGAAGACGAGGAGGAUCCACUGGGUGCCAUCGACUGCGGCAAGAUGCCAGUGAUGACCAACGAAUACGUUAUCAACGAAGACGGCAGGAUCGCGAGUACGAAGCAGGUCGCUCAGCCGAACGAGGAUUGCAGUCCCAAGGAACAGUCGAAACUCAGGGCAGCGCUGAGCGGCGGCGAUUAUUCGAAAAACGAGACUGUGACCAGCAGAGCUGGCACCACGUCCACUCCCAGCUCUGCUACAACGACUACGACUACUACUACUACUACUUCGAGGUUUCCUAAAAACAAAGACUUGCUAAUCACGAAGGAGAACUUUCUGGCCAAGUACGAGGCUAGAUCGCCGAUAAGCAAUAACGAAAGUAUUCUGAUAGACAGUUCCCAAGACGGUGGUACGAUUUUUAUAAGUAGCGACGUCUCGCUGACCAAAACCACGGGUCAGGAGCACAGGAUAGACCUGGGAAAUUUGGAGAAGGUUUUCAGGAAUGGCUUUGAGAGGGAUUCUCCGAAAACGGAGGAUAACCAGUCCAAGAUCAAUUGCUCCGACGACGAGGAGUACACACCGAAGAAGCAGAGAAUAUCGAGGUCCAAGCAGGAACCUAAAAGGUGCGAGAUUAACGGCUGUGGUAAAACGUACAAGAACAGAACGAGCUUCCGGCAUCACCAAGACAGUCAUCUUUUAAUUAACAACGCUAAUGCCACUAAAACUCAAAAACACAAGAUCGAGAAAGCGACGACCAUUAGCUUUUUCAUAUGUAAACGUUGUGGCACCCAAUUGAGCAAUGCCGCUGCUUUGUGCAAGCAUUACCAAGAAACCCACACCAACAACAAACCACAGCCUACUUCGACGGCAAAAAGUACUGAAGUUCACCGGUGCAAAGUGUCGGGAUGCGAGGCGGAGUUCGCUACCUCGUCAUUGCUGUCCAAACACUUGAACGAGCUACACGCGAAGAAUUCCGCGAAUAACGCCAACUCAAAUAUUAAGACUGGAAAUGGGAGUGGAGUAAUGGGCGAGCAAAUGUUCCGCGAAAACGACGCCACUGCCCAGCGAGCAAACUUAAAGACUGAAUUGAAAGCCAAGCACUCGCUUGUUGGCUUGAACGAAUUCGCCGAUGGUAAGGACAAGAAUAGCCAAUCGCAGAACCCUGUCGACAAGGACGACUCCGGGGACUGAUUUUUGUUCUUGUAAAGACUUUUCAUGGUACUUUUUUUAUCGUCAAAGUAUUUUUGCAUGAUUUCUGCCCCAAACGGAAUGGGGGGGCUUGCGUUGGUAAUUUUUUAACAAAGUCUCGGAAAUGAAAAAUUUUUUACACUGAUUUUAUUUUUAUA